ACCAGAGCAAUGAAAUCCAACGGAGAAAAAUCAAGCUAGUCGUCGGGAUCGGGUGGCUCCGAACGAAGUUUCGAAAAAAUGUCUGACAUAUCGGCUAGCUUCAUCGAUAUAUUCCCGGAAGAGUCGGAGAACCCGUCGGAAAGUUCAUAUGAUUCCGGCAACGACGGAGAUCAGAACGGAGAAACUUCUUCCAUCGUUAAAGAAAACAGAGCCUUCUGGAAAUCGCAGAAGGAAGUUCUUCAGGCGAAUUUGAAAAGGACCAAUUCGAUUGAGUUAAAAAUCUGGAAAGCAACGAAGACUGCGCUCAGAGAAAUGAAUUUAAAGUCCAUUGAUUGCGGUUGCCGGAGACCGGCGGAGGUUUCGGUCUGUCGGGAGUGUGUACAGAGGGAAAUAUGUAAUUAUCUGAGAAACGCCGGCUUCAAUUGCGCCGUUUGUAAGUCCAAAUGGAAAAGCUCGCCGGAAAUUCCAUCAGGGGAUCACAGUUAUUUGGAAGUGGCGGACGAUUGGAAUCCGAAUGAGAGAGUCAUAAUCGAGAUGAAUUUCAGAGAGGAAUUCGAAAUAGCCAGAGCAAGCGAAGAGUACAAGCGAUUGGUCAGACGAUUGCCGGAAGUAUUCAUCGGAAAAGCCGAGAAACUUCGAGAAUCGAUCAAAAUUCUGUGCAAUGCGGCGGAGAAGUGCAUGAAGGAAAAGAAGAUGCACUUAGGGCCAUGGAGGAAGUACAGAUACAUGCAGGCCAAAUGGUUAGGGAAGUGCGAAAAGUCGACGCCGGCGCCGCUGCCGGUUGGAUUAUCCGACCGGCCGCCGAAGGCGAAGGCGUCCAUGCUUACCUAUGAUCUGCUGCAGAGCCUGCCGCCGGCCAUAGCGGUCGAAGUGGUGUGACUGUGGAAGAUGAGAGUCGAGAGAAAUUGCAAUUUUGUAAUUUCUAUGUUUUUGCCAUAAAAUGUUUUAAUUUUAUGGUAUUUUUGGAGAAAAAAAGUUAUUUUG